AUGAUAAGAAAUUUGUUUCGACCUUUAACUUAAAUCCAUAAGCUAGUCUAACCAUUCUAUUAUUUUUCCUUUUCAAAAUCUAAUAAAUAAGAAAAAGAGUAAUGUUAAAACUUAAAAUAGAUCAUAUUAAUUAAUCCUAAAAAAUUAGGAAUUUGACAAAUUGGUUGAAUAUUGGGAUAACAAGGUGUCUUAACCUAAAUAAAACUCAGUUUCUAUCUAGAAAGUAUUAUAAAAAAUAAAUCUUGCUGAAAAUUUGAUUGGCAGUGAAUUAUAAGAUAAGAAUUGGGAAUUUUUUGAAGAAAUGUUUGAUAAAAACUUUAUAGAAAGAUUAUAUAUACCAAAGCAAUAUCCAUAAAAGAUUUAACUAAUAUUAAAUAUCUCUAUGGAAUUGUCAUUAUUAGAAUACCAAUAUAGAUUAAACAGAAGAGAAAUAAUAUAAUUGGAAUAAGUUUUAGAGUAAAUUGAACCAUAUAAUUUAGGCGUAUCAAAGGUAUUUUAGAAAACAUCUAUAACUUUGAAUCAAAAAUAAGUGAUUUAGGAGAAGCUGAAUUUAAUAAUCUUUUAAGAUAAUCAUAAUAUUUUGACAUGAAGGCUUUUUAUUAGAAAACAUUAAAUCCAGAAGGUUAUGUUCAAUUUUUAGAGGAAUCAACUAAAUGUUUAGAUCAAGCAGUUAAAAUUGUGAAUGACAUAAUUAAACAUAAAGAGAAUGUAGAAUAGAUCAAAUAUUAAGUUGGCAAACAAUAAGCAAUGAGUAAAAUUGCUAGAAAUUUUGAAAUUUUAGCUGAAUUCUUAUUAAUUUCAGGAUAAGAAGAAGAAUCAAGAUCAUUUUUAGAAAAAGCCCUUGAAGUAUUAAUUUUAAUUUAUUUUAGAUUUAUGAAACUUUUGCAAGUGGAAUAACACCUAAAUCAAUUUUAUGUUAAUGUAGAAUUGCCAGAUCAUAUCUUAGAGAAAAUUAUGAAAAAUCAUGUUAAUUAAUCUAAGAAUUGUAUGAUGAAAUUUCAUAAUAUGGAGAAUCUGAAUUCUUAUUAUUGGUCUAAAUGUACAAAUUUGUCAUUUAGUCUUAAAAAUAAGUAGAUGAGGCAGAAUAUGAAAAGCUUUUUGAAUCAAUGAAAAAUUUUAGAGUCACUGAUCCAUUUAUUAUAUCUGAAGUGUUAUACUUAUCUUUAGAAUAUACAUUUAAACAAGGAUAUAGUAAAGCAUUGUCUGAACAUUUACAUUAAGCCUUAAUUCUUAUUGAAAAUAGUUCAGAAAAAAUCAAUUUGGAAUAGCUGCUACAUUUAACAGCUUAAAUUAUAAUUGAAUUACCAGUUGAUAUCAAAGAUUAAUAGAGUUUAUUGAAAGUUAUUUAUGAAAAUUUUGAAAAGCUUAGAAAUAGAAUAGAUGAUGCAUAUUUUUAGGAUCACUUAUUAUUGAAAGCAUUUAUUAAAGCAAAACUACUAUAAUUAGAUAGAGAAGGACCUGAAAUAAUCAUAAAACCUAUUUUAUAAUUUGUAAGAUUAUUUUCUAAUCAAUUUUAGAUUGAAUAAGCAGAAAAUGGUAAAGAACCAUAAUUUCUGAAUCAUCUCAAAUAAAUUUAGAGAUUUUUAGAGAAGAAUGGACUUAUCUUUGCUAAGAAAUAAAUCGAAGAUUUAAGUUCUCAAAAAUGA